UUCUCGGCCGGUCCGGUUGCUAUCAGCUUGAUUACUUGGAGUUUUCCUCAACUUUAAUCAGUUUAAUCGCCUUCAAAUAUUCAUCUCGAUUGUCUAUCAAACCGAACUUCGGGAUUGGGAAUCCCUACUUGAGAAACUGACGCCUGAACAACACGUUUGAUGUUGGCACUUUGAACUUGAGUAUUGGAAAGAUUGUUCUUGCCGCAAUGCGGGUUUCUAUAUCAGAGCUCACCUUAAUUGCCUUGGGCCUGUGUUCCGUGCACGUUCUCGCAGCGGACACGCUUAGCACAAAUGGCAUCUCAACCUGUCUGACGGGCGCAGAAAUACAGGUCCAAAAGUUGGACGUUACUUAUACACGUUCCACUAGAGUGGUAGUCUUUGAUGUUGCCGGAACAAACGCAAAACAGCAGAACAUUACCGCAUCUCUGUCGGUUUACGCCUACGGUAAUGAAAUAUAUAGCAAGUCAUUCGACCCUUGUGGCUCGGAGAAUCAUGUCGAGGAACUUUGUCCUGUCCCUUCCGGCGCCUUUCAAGCUACUGGUUCGCAACAAAUCCCAGAGUCCUUUGCCAGCCAGAUUCCUGCGAUCGCCUUUGCUAUACCCGACUUGGAUGGACAAGUGAAACUUGAGCUGAAAUCCAAGGACGAUAUCCACAAAGUUGCUUGCAUUGAAACGCAGUUGUCGAACGGAAAGUCGGCACAAAUGCCAAGCGUAACUUAUGCAGCCGCCGGUGUAGCAGGUGCCGCUCUGGCAAUGAGCGGUCUGUCUGUCAUAGGUGCUGCCGGUCAUCCUGGGGCUGUCUCAUCUAGUCCGGGGUUUGGUGAUGUCAUGGGAUGGUUCCAUAGCAUGGCAACGAACGGUAUGCUCAGUGUCAGCUACCCAGCAGUGUAUCGCAGUUUCACAAAGAACUUUGCCUUCAGCACCGGCCUAAUCCCAUGGGGUCAAAUGCAGCAGUCUAUCGAUAACUUCCGAAAGUCGACCGGCGGAAACCUCACUGAGAAUAGCUACGACUUUCUCCGCAAUGCUACGCUCGAGUUCUCAAAUGGCUCGUCGGCAGACACAAGUUCUAAGGUCAAGCGAGGGUUCAAUUUGAUUGUAGGCGCUGCCGACUUGACUAUACGUGAUGUCUCAACUUCGUACAGUGCGAAUUCGACCUCUGGCGAUGAGGCCAGCGAUGAUACAGUCAAAAAGGUUGUCUCUGGUAUAGAGGCUUGGGCGGAACAGCUUACCAUUCCUCAAGCGAACAUAUUCAUGACAUGUCUGCUGAUAUUUGCUAUUGUUAUAGCUGCUAUUACAGUGGGCAUUUUACUGCUUAAAGUUAUCCUUGAAUUAUGGGCCUUGUAUGGAUCCUUCCCUGCGAAGCUCACUAAUUUUCGCAAAGAUUACUGGGGUUUGCUGGCCAGGACUAUUACUAACCUGAUUCUUCUUCUCUAUGGGAUUUGGGUCUUGUAUUGCGUCUACCAGCUCACCGGCGGAGAUUCGUGGGCCGCGAAAGUAUUGGCUGUUGUCACACUUGUCAUAUUUACCGGUGUCUUGAUUUUUUUUGGCCUCCGAAUCUGGUAUAUGGCUCGUAAAUACAAAGCAUCUCAAGGUGAUGCCUCCGGCUUGUACGAGGAUACAGAGACCUGGCGAAAGUACAGUCUUUUUUACGACAACUACAAAAAGGAUUACUGGUGGCUCUUUGUCCCCGCGAUCGUGUACAUGUUUGUCAAGGGCGUAAUUAUCGCUGCGGGCAACGGCCAUGGCCUAGUUCAGUCCGCCGGUCAACUCAUUGUUGAAGCUCUCAUGCUGGCGCUUUUGCUAUGGUACCGGCCAUAUGUUGCAAAGUCGAGCCAGUGGAUCAAUAUCAGCAUCCAGGUUGUCCGUGUAUUAUCGGUUGCUUGCGUAUUGAUCUUUGUUGAGGAACUUGGUCUUUCGCAGACUACCAAGACUGUGACGGGUAUUGUCCUUAUCGUUGUACAAUCCGCCCUCACAGGCAUCUUGGCCAUCCUCAUUGCCGCUAACGCCAUCAUCCUCUGUGUCCGAGAAAACCCCCAUGCGAAACGGAGAAGAGAAGCCAAAAAAAUGAACCGUGAUAUCGACGAUUUGACACCUUUGGAUGCGCGGGAGUCGCUUCUCAUGGAGAAUCCACCCCGGAAAGAGUACACAGAGAUGAGCAAGUUUAACUUCACCGGCCCUUAUGAGCCCUACCGGGACCACUACGAUCCGAAGUCACGAUCAAGCCCUACAGGAAGCACAGACCGUUUGGUGGACCCUCCUGGCUAUCAUGAAAGUCAACAUGGUCGAAGUCUCAGCCGAGAAAGCCGGCAUACCCGUGAUAGUCGUGGUUCCCCAGAUGGACGUAAACCUACCGCUCCUGGUUAUGGCUUCGCCUAUUGAGCCAUUAGAUCAUGGAAGCAAUUCAUGAUACACUGCCUUCUGUAUCCUUUCUUAUUCUAUCUUAACCCAUUUUCUCUUACUUCUUACCCUCUUUUUCUCUGUGUGUAUAGAAGCCUAUUCUUGCCAGACAAUUCGAUCAAUUUAGCGGAUUUGAUGUUACUCCUUUCUUCACUUGAUGUACCAUGUUCGCCCUCCCACCCCAUUUUUCGCAUAUACACUUGAAUACGUGUCCAUAUCAGCCUCAGAUUCUGUCACAGCCAACAAUAAUUGCACAUUAGUCUCCCUUAUAAGACAAAGGCCCACGCCUAAAACAAUAGCAUUAUGUUAAAUAUGAUCAUCUUGCUGGUGUUUGGUGAUCCUUUAUGGGGUAAAAUAGCUGGGCCUAUAUUAGGACACAGACAGAAGGAUUAAUGGUGAGCCUCAAAUUGAGGAGAGAUCCGUAUAGAGUAGCCGGCCCCUUCCAACAGUGGGAUGAACACACCAGUAGUGCAUUAGAGUGAGGUGAACUUUAUGGUAGUUCCGGUAACAAGUUAAGUUGUAAAGUUUCAUAAGUUUUUAAACCAUAGUCUCCCCUUCUAUGCUAUUCUUUUCCAUUUGUGUUUCAAAUCCCGAGUGCAUACUGGCUGUUCACUAAUCCUCCAUUUCUCGAUACUCAAUGACAGCGACGGCCAUACAUUAUUAUUUUACUUUACUUAUUUUGCUUUCUAUUCUUUCGC